AGCAAAGAGCGCUCUUCGUUUUCCGGUUUUUCCAAGAAAUUUUUAAACAAACAGCUUCACUUUAAGACCUGUCUACUUUUCAUAGCAGUGAGACGGCAUGGCGUAUCAGUCCAGCGCUUUUUACCUUUUUAACUGUGACAAUACUUAUAAUUUAGAGAUAGUAGAGAGGUUUUUGCUUGAAGUAGAGAAGAAAUAUGGCUUCAAAGUUACGGUCGAUCGUCAUUAUUUUAAGCUGCAACAAAUGACUGAUUUGUGCGAGAGAACGUUACCUCAACUGGUAACAGAUUUCGCUGUAUUUGUUGUACAUGCAAAUGAAUCUCGUCUCUCCAUCAACGAAGACAACGCUGGCAUUGGUUACGCAAGAAUCUACCGAGCUUUGCUUGAGAAAACAGGUGGGUUUCUGAUGAGUAUACUUCGACUCUGCCUUCCACUGAUUCAGUCGUAGUUCCAUAAUUUAAUAUAGUACAUUUUCCACUUAAUAAAACGUUAAACGCGACAAUGCCCACCAUAGUUUUAAGCAUAAAUAUCGCAACCGGAAAAUACGCGCUUCACAUACGUACAGGAAGAGAAAGAGAAGGCCGGGAGUGGAUCGGAAGAGCGGUGUACUUACGCGGAUCAGUGUAUUCGCUGUAACAAUUUUAAUCCAAACAAAAAGAAAAAAAAGAAAGAAAAACGGUUUAAUCAGUAAAUGAAGCAUAAGAUAGAAAACUCCUAGAGCACUUUCGAUUUCGAGAGAUCACGCCGAGGUCACGCCGGUGUCACGCGUAAAAGACGGAAGUAUUUGGUGGAAAAAUUGUUAGAUUAUAGAAAUCAAAAUCAACACAGCUCGCAGCACUUGGGCAACAGAACCGGAAGUUUUUCCUCAGAGAAUUUUUCGGAAAUGGUACAUUACAUACAUAAAUUGAUCCCUCCGGUGCUUGUCCGCAAAUCUCCUCUCCCCUCUUCCCAUGACAAGCCCCUCCGCAUUAAAAACCCUACAACAACAACAAUUACGGUGUAUCAGGUAAAGGUAAAAGGUGAAGCCUGCAAUCGAACCAAGUGUCAGAGCUUAUCUCGGUUUCUGUAGCAUGAGGCAACGAGGAAUAUUUCUUUUUCCCUGGACGAGGGACUCCAGGGUGGUAGCCAUCGAAAAAUGUAAAAUUCUCUCUAGUUGGCUGUAAUAAUAGUGGUUGCUGCUGUACCUCGCUGGAGAGGGAGGCACUGUGACUACCGUGGUUCAAAAGGUGGAUAACGCAGUCCGUUUUCCUAAUACUUAUCCGGUAGAUAGGAAUUUAUUCGGUACAUAACAACAACAACAUUUUAUUUCAACAAUGUGGCUUUUAAACGCUAAUAUAGCAAAUGGACUUUGUAAAAAAUGUUAAUAGGAUAAUAAAAACUGAAAAAAAUACACUAUAUUAUAGAUAACGGUAUCCAAUAUUUGAACAACCUAGGUCUAGGGAGAGUAAAGUGUCUCAACCAACCCAAUAAACCCGGUCCUCUGGAUACGGCGUGUCCAAAAGCACUGAGCAGCGGCGCCUCCCUUAAGGUGUAUCAAAACGCUACAAACAGUUCGAUUACUUUUAUUCCGCUCCUUGUUUCAGAUAACAAAGUGUUGAUCGUGAUAGGCGGAGACAGUAACUACCGGAAUGAAGACGAAAAAGCGCGGUCUGUCAUCUCGCGCUGGGCAAAACGGAAGGUGGCUUCACAGUUCGAUGAAGAGUAUCUGGAUGGAAGGAAAAGUUUUAUCUUCUCCUGGGAUGAAAAACACCGACCGAUUCACGAGCAAGCAAUGCGGCAUUUUCUUGAUCCCAGCAAAAGGGGAUUCACAUUUGAAUACACACCUCCCACGCCCUUGCCAAAGCCCAUAGCACCUGUGGUCCCUCAGCCCUCGCGGAAGUCUGACACACCUAAGGUCCCGGCUCGACCAGCAAUACCUUAUUCGAGACUAGAGGUAGGACUUUAAAUACAUCUCUCCUCCACAUACCGCCGCCGAGUGUCUUCUCUUUGUUGAAGAGGCUGUUUGAAGUCCUCACUAGGAAUUUCUUCCUCAUAACUGCUGACUUGAACGGGAGAGAGGGUUAUGACACAAUCGACGGCACAAAACGUAGGCAGCCCUACCAAAAGUCAAAAAGUUCUUCUUUAAUUUAUUUUAGUUUUCCCUUUCGCCUAAGUUAAAGAUAGAGCAUCGAAACGCACCUAUUUCACUACGAGUCUCAUAGCAAAUAACAUCACGGCUUAACUGACAGACCACCAAUAACAUCGCGACGUAAUUGACCAAUCAGAUCAAUAACCAGGGUAUAAUAAUAUAUAGAUCUAGCCAGGGCUUAAAGCGAAGCUCACGUUAAUAAAUUAAUAAUUUAAAUAAAACAAUAAACAUUAAUUAGUUAACUUUAAGGUACAUUCAUGAGACUUUUGAGGGAAAGUGAUUCCUUAGAGAAAAAAUAAUUUGACAGUCCAAGAGUGAAUAAAUUUUACAUCGAGUAAAUAGUCCUCGGUUGCAGCCAAUUUAUACGUUGCAUUCCUCUGUCUAAAAAGAAGGCCAAAAUAAAAAGAAAUCAGGCCGGUCUUUUUGUGUUUCGAAAAAGAUUUGUGUUCUACAGGUUUACUUUACAAGUAAAUCUUGGCGACAAAUCUGGUGGUGUGCAUACUGAACAAGUCUUUUAAAAAUACUUUUUAUCAGUGUUUUUACACAUAAGGUCUAAGGAAAACAGUAGUAUGCCUGUGUGCCUGUUUUUUAUCAUACAGACCUCGAGCAAAAGUUGUUCCUCCUUGCCUUACUUAAACCUAUAAUUCUGCAGUUUUUCACAAUUUUGCAAGACAAAUUGUGCUCAUUCAAUAUCCAAGACGAUCGAAGCACGCGCUUCCUUUGAGUAAAAAUUUACAGAAUUGACCACAUUAUAAAACGUUUUCAUGAAGAGAAUUUUCCGUAAUACCGGGACUGUUAAGUCGGAAAAAUCUGUUCCUAUGUAAUAAGCAGGAUAGCAAUUAUGGGCUUUUAGUGAAAACGAUCAAAAAAUUCCCAAAAUCACCUAUACGGCCAGCCGGACUGGUUGUCACAUUUGUCAAGCACCAAAUGUGCCGUCCGAACUGUCGGAACGGUGAUUUGAUAAAUGCAAAUUUUGCAUUUAAGUAUCUCUACAGACACAAACAAAAAUUCGCAAAUAAACGACUCUGUAUAUAUACAGAGUGAAACUUCGUAAUUAAUUAAUUGCGAGUUUUUUACUCACUCAUAUAUACGAAGCAAAUUUUUGCAAUUAGUUAAUCGCGAGGUUUUACUCUAAAUACAUAUUAAUUACACUGAUACAAAUCUCGCACUUAACUAUUUUUCCUUAACUGCGAAAUUUCUCUGUUAACAUGAAAGAACACAAAUCUUGCACUAAACAAUUUUUCCUUAACUGCGAAAUUUCUGUCUGUUUAUAGUACAAGACUCAAAUCUCGCACUUAACUAUUUUUCCUUGACUGCGAAAUUUCUGGCUGUUUAUAGUAAAGAGACUCAAAUCUCGCAGUUAACCAUUUUUCGUUAACUGCGAAAUUUCUCUCUGUUUACAUGAAAGAACUCAAAUCUCGUACUAAACAAUUUUUCCUUAACUGCGAAAUUUCUCUCUGUUAAUAGUAAGGAACACAAAUCUCGCACUUAACUAUUUUUGGCUAACUGCGAAAUUUCUCUCUGUUCAUAGUAAAAAACACUAAUCUCGCACUUAACUAUUUUUCCUUAACUGCGAAAUUUCUGGCUGUUUAUAGUAAAAGAAUCAAAUCUCGCAGUUAACCAUUUUUCCUAAACUGCGAAAUUUCUCUGUUUACGUGAAAGAACACAAAUCUGGCACUAAACAAUUUUUCCUUAACUGCGAAAUUUCUCUCUGUUAAUAGUAGAUCAUAGUAAGAAACACAAAUCUCGCACUUAACGAUUUUUCGUUAACUGCGAAAUUUCUGUCUGUUUACAUGAAAGAACACAAAUCUCGCACUUAACUAUUUUUCGUUGACUGUGAAAUUUCUGUCUGUUUAUAGUAAGACUCAAAUCUCGCAGUUAACUAUUUUUCCUUAACUGCGAAAUUUCUCUCUGUUUACAUGAAAGAACUCAAAUCUCGUACUAAACAAUUUUUCGUUAACUGCCAAAUUUCUCUCUUUUCAUAGUAAAAAACACUAAUCUCGCACUUAACUAUGUUUCCUUAACUGCGAAAUUUCUGUCUGUUUAUAGUACAAGACUCAAAUCUCGCACUUAACCAGUUUUUCCUUAACAAGUUUAUUUUAAAUUAAAUAUAGCUUACAAAGCUUGUGCCUGCAAUUUUAAUAGUGAAGGCUAUUCGAGGCAGGUACAAGAGAAAAAAGAAAAUUCUAUGAAUAUAUUUAACGAACAAUCCUAGAAGCAAUCUAUUGUAGUUUGUCGUGUGGUUUAUAGCCAGAUUGAGACAGGAAGGCAGACUGUACUUCAUAGGGAGGACACUUUACACAAAUUAGAUAUUUCCCGACACAGACCAAUUUGUGGUCUUUUUCCAGCUGAAUGUCAACUGGAAUGUCAGUCUUUCAUGCUCUGUUAUUUGCGAAACGUUUUCCCCGUUUUUGCUGUUGGAUGAGUGGCAACAAGCUCAACUCCAAAAAUGCUAGAAAGCUUCAGUAUCAUGGCCAUCAAUUUGUGGGUACUUAGUACUUAGGAAAAGAGACGAAAAACACAGCUGAACACGUCUUCAUGAAGAAAAUCUUUCUUCGGGCGUGCGUAAAUAAAGAUUUUGUUCUUAGCAGCUCAAUAGGACUUAUACAAGUCAAGCACGCGCGCUAGGCAAUUUAUGAACCUCGAGUUUUUCCUCUUUUUGCUUUCCAAAUCAAGUUAGUUUAAUGGUUAAACUUACGUACGCAUAAGUAGACUUCAAACAGAGAAUCUGAUAGUAAAUCAGUAGUAAAUUAAAUAUCUACAAGAGCCAUAAUGGGACCCAUUAUGACACACUACCGAUCUCUUUGAGAAUCUAAUGAAAAAAUGAAGCGGCCCCGCCGAUGUUGCUGUUGAUAAUUGCCAGACAAUGGCUGGUGAAAAUUGCUUGUCCCCAGUUCAAGAAUUCAGUUGUUUCAACUUACAAAGGAUUUUUUUUUUGGUAAAGAAAUCAGAAAAGCCCAGCCAUUUUCAGGAAUGCUUUGCCCCGCUCACCUGGAAUUUCGGACAUCUCCCUCUCAAGUUUGUCUUUUGUCAGUGUAAAAGGGUCUGCAACACUUUUUAGUUACGUGAAGCAUGAUUAGGCGAUUUAUUUCUGGUGAAUCAUGAUUUAAAAAUUUUUUAUUAGUGAUUAAAAUCACGAUUUUAAAAUUUUUUCGUUAAAAUCGUUUCCCACUAGGCUCGAAAGACCAGACUCGAGAAGACGGAGGAAAUUGAACCGACAUGUCCACGUGAACAAUUUUUUUAUUUCAACAUGACCUACUGUAGGUGAAUGAAGGGCCGACAUCAACCGAUUCGAAACGUGAUUCGUGAACCAUUUUGUUUUGCGUGAUGAAUUUUCAGCAAUUGCAUUGCUUUAAAAAUGUACGCAAUGUUUUCGAAUGACUGUGGUUUGGUUUUGACAGGACAUGAAGUUUACACGGAUCGAUUCACCCAAGACAGAAAUCGCCGGUCUUUCUAUAGAUCUUUGUCAGCUAUAGUAACCCAGAAAAUGCUUACCUGCGAGAUUUCUGUUCCUUCACAUCAACAGAGACAUUUUGCAGUUAAUGAAAAAUGGUUAACUACGAGAUUUGUGUUUCUUCACGUAAACAGAGAGACAUUUCGCAGUUAACAAAAAUGGUUAAGUUCGAGAUUUGCAUUCCUUAUUAUAAAUCGAGAGAAAUUUCGCAGUUAACGAAAAGUGGUUAACUGCGAGAUUUGUGUUUCUACGUAUUGACAGAGAAAUUUUGCAGUUAACGAAAAGUGGUUAACUGCGAGAUUUGUGUUUCUACGUAUUGACAGAGAGAAAUUUUGCAGUUAACGAAAAAUGGUUAACUGCGAGAUUUGUGUUAAUUUCUACGUAUUGACAGAGAGAAAUUUUGCAGUUAACGAAAAAUGGUUAACUGCGAGAUUUGUGUUUCUGCGUAUUGACAGAGAGAAAUUUUGCAGUUAACGAAAAGUGGUUAACUGCGAGAUUUGUGUUUCUACGUAUUGACAGAGAGAAAUUUUGCAGUUAACGAAAAAUGGUUAAUUGCGAGAUUUGUGUUUCUGCGUAUUGACAGAGAGAAAUUUCGCAGUUAACGAAAAGUGGUUAACUGCGAGAUUUGUGUUUCUACGUAUUGACAGAGAGAAAUUUUGCAGUUAACGGAAAAUGUCGAGAAAAUGGUCAAGUGCGAGAUUUAUAUUCCUUUAUAUAAACCGAGAAUAAAUUCGCAGUUACCUGAAAAAUGGUUAACUGCGAGAUUUGUGUUUCUUACUAUAGACAGAGAGAAAUUUCGCAGUUAUAUCGACAAAUGGUUAAUUGCCAGAUUUGUGUUCCUUAAUAUUAGCAGAGAGAAAUUUUGCAGUUAACGGAAAUGAUUAACUGCGAGAGAGGUUUCUGUUCCUUCAUAUAAACAGAGACAAAUUUCGCAGUUGAUGAAAAAUGGUUAGCUGCGAGAUUUGGGUUUGUUACUAUAAACAGAGAGAAAUUUCGCAGUUAAUGACAAAUGGUUAACUGCGAGAUUUGUAUCAGUAUAUAUAUAUAUGCAUAGUAUUUUUUUUACUAAUUUUACUUUUCACUGAGAUAAUUAAUUGCGAAAGUUUGUCGUCUAUCUGUAGACAUACUUAAAUGCAAAAUUUGCAUUUAUAUCUACUCCCCUGUCGGAACCGUUUGAAUUCGAAUGAACAUUAAUAGAGUUAGGCUUCAAUAUGAUAGAGAACUUAUUAUGCUUAGGUUUUAAUUCCCCUUAUUUAUCGUUUUGUUUAUGUGUUAUCUUUAAAAGCGUUUGAUAUUUACGCGCUGCAUUUUGCGUUCUCUUGUUUUGUUAUAUGUUCGACUGAAAACAACCUGCGCAGCGAUUAAAUUGAGAAAGAGACUACUAACAAUCAGUAAAAUACACAUAACUCGGUGAAACAUGUACAGAGACAACAAUUUUCAAUCAGGAAGAUAAGUUUGGAGAGUAAAGUGUCUCUGAAAAUCAUGUGUCAGGUAAGCAUAAGCUCAUAAACUUCAAAAACCUUGCGGAUUUCAGCCGGCUUCCCGGUGUUUGCUAUACUUCAACUUGAACCGCGAGGCAAGCAUAUCGCUCAGGGCUUUCUUUUUACAGCCAAAAUCAUAACUAAAUAAAUUGUACUCUUAGGAACGUUUUCUUUGUAUUUGUGAUAAAAAGAUGUUAAGACUUUUUAAAAAUUUGCAAACUUAUGUCAAACCUGAUUGUAGGUCAGAUCAUCGUCUUGUGCAUAAACUAGGCGCAAAAACUACGAUCGACUUUAGAAAACCAGAAAAAAAAACAUCAAAUACAAUAAUAACUCAGGCUUACCAGUUAAGAUGCAACUCCUGAAGGCCAUCAGAAUCGCUUGAGACUUUGUUGAACCCUCUUAAUAAUACGCAUUAAGCAAGGGGAAAUGAGAUCCAUCCGAAAUCGGAUUUCAGAUGACUUUGACAAGCGGCGCAUUUCUCAACCAAAAAACUAAUAAACAAACCAGCCACGAAUAACUUAAGAAUCUUGCCUGCAGCUCUAUUUCAUUUUGUACAUCCAAAGGAAAAAAACAGUUAAAAGUCAAAAGCAGUCAAAAGCAACUUCCCUAUCUGUAAAAACUGGCUUAAUUCUCGCGUCCGAGGUCAGUUUGAAAUUAAAAGUUUAAUAGUGCGGCUCAUAAACACAUUUUUCUAUUUCCCAUGCAUUAAAAAAAUUGAACUUGAGCCUGCAAUCAUUUGAAAAGUAGUAACUUGUCAGCGGAUAACUUCGAAAAGAACUCGAAUUCAGUGGGCCGAUACCUGAGCCCGCGAUACAGUCAGGUGAUGAUGGUCAGCGGAUUCUCUAGUAUAACAGCUUUCAAUUGAACUUUUCGAAUAAACGGACUGUUGACUGCGAGUGUGAGUAGGACAUUUCAGUCUAGGUUGUAAUGGAGGAUUGAUGGGGCGAAAGGUCAGAUCGUGUAUUUGAACAGCCCUGGCCGGUAAAAGCGAGGUUUCAUUUCAUUUUCAUUUUUAUGUCGGUAAGUGUGACAUAUUAUAUCAGCUUAGAUGUAAGGGAAAAACGACUGGCCUUUCAUCUGAGCCCGCGAGAUGGUCAUGUGAUUACUGUCAGCGGAUGUCUGAUUUUGACAUCUGUUAAUUCAUCCUCAUACGGAUGGCUUACAAAGUGUUAAUUUCUCCAAGAUCUAACGUGACAUUUAACAUCAGCUUACAUAAAGGGUGCACGGGUAGGCGUACGGUACGCCAUAACCAAAUUUUCUCGGAUGGAUAGUUUACCAAAUUUUCUUACCCAUGGUGCUCUGCUGAUGCGCGCUUCGCGCGCGGGAGCUCCGCUAUAAUACCAUCAACUGACGUGAUACAACUCACUUUGACUCUGAAGAUGACUACCGCAUAGGUUGUCGAAACGUCAGUCACUGCUGUCGACAACAACAGUCCUAUUCAGGGUAGCCUGCAGUGCAGGCGUAUUUAGGGUGGGCGAAACCCUGUUCGUGUUCGUAAUAUUGUUGUAGUUGCCAUCUUUGUCUCCUCCUCUCUUCGGGAAGUUUUAACAUGGUGCUUUCGCGAGCAAAUUGCGAGUUCAAAGAAAACGGCUGCACUGCAGGCUAUAUUCAGGACUAUACGUUCACCCGGACGAUCAAAUUCAACCUCCUUUUGAAAUUACGUCUGGGUUCAAACCUUUCACAUAUAUUUUUUUCUGACAAUAUCAGUACAUAUGCAAGAGAUCUCAUGUGAAGUAACAAAUGGUCAUAUACGAGAAAAGCUCUCCACUUAUUCUCCAAGGUGAAUUUUUGUUGAGAUCAAUAUGGAGAAUCUGAAUAUAUCAGUUAGAGCUUACAGCUGAGCUUAAGUAGUUAAAAGUGCUUGCCCUUCAGUUGUGUUUGAUUUCGCGGCACCAGGACUAGAUUGAAGCACGGAUAGUGCUCUCUGUUUCUUAAGUCGACUUAUUUAGCUGACGUAAACUAAGAAGAUUUCGUCAGGUUAGUCUAUUAAUAGCUAACAGCGUAUGAAAUAAAUAUUAAAAGCAUUGCAUCGCAUUAAUUGCUUUCUUCAGGACGAUGAAGAAGAAUCACGAACCCACACUAGGGAAGCACCAACACGUAAGUUGAGGGAUGAACCGCCAAAAGGCAAUUAUGAAGGUAAACGUUCCCUCGAUGAUUUGAAAAGUUCAGUGUCACAUCAUCUAUGUUUGGAGAUCAAGAAGCAUUAUAAGAAUUGACUCCUACGUUUUCCCCACGGGAGUGUCUCGAAUGCUUCCGAGAGGGUAGCAAAAGGGGAAGUCAUGAUCCCGUUUCACGUACAAAUUUUGACAAAUUUCACGUAUCGCGUGGAAUAUAAACCAAUUUUCAAGAGUCAUGAAUCUCACCCGUUAAUCAAAGGGGAUAGGAACCGAAACACAGUCACCAUGAAUCCUAAUUCGCAUUAUAUUUGACGAUCGCAAUUUCUCCCCACUUCUCCUCUCAGUAGAAUGUCGGUGGGGCCAUCUUAAAGGCCGUUAACGAGCAGUCGCGCAUGUGGGAAAUUCGUGUUUCCAGCGGUCUUGCGUUCAAAUCAACGUCCCCGAUGCGACUUCUUUUCAUGCCUCAGCGAAAGAAGCCUGCGUGGCAGGCGCAAGUUAGUUUUUUUGGUUAGUUUUGAUUUACUCCUUUUCUCUCCACAAGUGCGCACACGUGUCCUCGAAAUUUCUCCCUUCGCUCUAACAAACCCCCGCCGAUGCCUUCUGUGCAGGCUACAGCGACUGUGCCUAUGGCCUUUCGUAGGGGGCAAUUCACUCAGUUUAACACGAAAACAAACAAGACUUGCCGAAGUGGACGAUAAUUAUCCCAAAGGUCACUGGUCACGUGCAGUUUUAAGGGUCUGGUCUUUAGGUAGUAAUUUUUAACCAAGACAAAAACGUAAUACAUGCGCAGAGAAUAAUACCAGUGGCCUUGUUUAAUCCCUCUUUCUUAUUUCAAUGAUUUUCACGAAAUGCGACAAAAUAUUCACUAGUCCCGCACAUCACGGAUCACGUUCCUAUUUUGGGAACUUUGACGCGUCACGCACUAAAUUUGGGCCUAAUCAAGCCUCACACGUAAACCCUAUGCUACCCUCUUCCUAAGCGUUUGAAUCCCCGACCCUGUGUAGGGCAAAGAGAAACCUGAAAUUAUAUCUACUCUGGCUUUAGAACCCUACUUGGCUAAGGCAAGGAAAACAAAACACAAGCAACCAUCUUCUUUGCCGCGACUGCUCACGAUUCUGAAUGUUUCGGAGGAUCAAAUUCAGAAAUCGCUUUCUUUUCAUAUUGAUACAUGCAUAUGGCAGAUUACAAAUGAUGAAAUGAUUUCUAGAGUAAAGUAAUGACAACUUGUGAUUAAUCUUUGCACUCCUCAUUUACGGUGGUAGCAAUGUGAUCUUAGGCCUUCACGACUUAAUUUCACAUACAAAAUGACGGAUUAAGUACUAAAUAUAGCACAAGUAUACCUCUUCUCUUUGAACGCGUUACCCAACCCACCCCUCCUUACUGAACAUACGGUUAUACGCCUUUUGGGCGUAAGUAUCUUGAAUGGGCCCUUUGCAGCUCCAAUCACAGGAGACACAACCACCCUGCUGGAGGUAUGAGAAGCAGUGGGGCAUUAAAAACAAAGAGAUAACAUUUUUAAAGCUUAUUUCUUUCCUUUUCAAUUUCCCUUUGUGUUGUUUUCCCUCCAGAAAGGGGUUUUUUCACUUCGGUGGCUGUUUAGCUACAAAGGGUUAAAUGGUGGGGCUAAGCCAGCCUUGUUUCCACAUAACCAAGGCUGUACUUACGAAUUUUCAGAAGGUCUUUUUGUAUUUAGUGGCUAAGAUUCUGGUUAGAGUGUACCUUUACAACUAAAAAUAGGUGCAGUGUAAAACGUAGUAACCUCAGCUACUAAAUAGGUCCGACUGAACUCUGAAUCUUUCACUAUUGCAGCUAUGCGUCCAGCUGCCAGUGGAACAGCACCAGCUGUUUAUCCAGCAGGGACCAGGUCACUGCAUGCACACAAUCGUGGAACAAUUCAAAGACAUCAUGGCUGCUGUCCGUGUCAUUGUCAAUUACUGUAAGGUUUUUUCCACGCUUAAUGGAGGGCCGUGUUGCACUCUCUUCGCUACAAUUAUAGAAAAAAUGCUGUGAAAAGCUAUGCCGGUUGCCAGUGGUUGCUAACUUACAACCAAAAUUUUAGUUCAUAGAACCCUACGGAAUUUAUUCUCAUAAAUGCCCUAUCAGAACAAACAAAAAUACCCCAAAUCCCCAGCCAUCUGGCUCCGGUUGUUUAAAAGCUGGAUAGCGCUAUCCACCGGAUAAAUCACUCUCCAGUGGAUAAAUAUUAGGGAAACCAACUGCUAUGUCGAGUGGAUAGCUCUAUCGGCCUUUUAAACAACUAGAGCCAGGUGGCUAAAUGUAAUGACCAGUAAGAAAGGUGAAUGUUUAGUGACGGAAAGUAUUUUAGUCCAACAAGUCUAGCAAGCACAGUGAUCUCUCAAAGGUAAUCAAACUCAUCGCUUGAUGAAGACAUCGACUUGACCAGAACUACUUGGUGGAAACGUCGAAAUCAAUGACAGAGUGCGACAGACCUAUCAGAAAAUAUUUUAUUUAGCCAGAUUUCUUUUGCCAAUUUCAUACCGCAGCUGAAUCUCAUGUUUAUGUCGUUUGUUAGGCCCCACCAUAACUACCCCUUGUGGGACCUUCCAAAUUCGUUUUCUUAAAGUGUACCGCACAACUCAUAAAUAUAGGGAGUGCAAACAUAUUAAUUUGGGUAGCAAUCCUCUCUGUGUUGAAGCGGUGGAGAAUAAAGCUUAUCGAAAUUUGGGGCAGCAAUUUACUAUUAACAGAUAUGCACGAGAAACCUCUCAGUAAUUUAUGCGGCGACAACUCCCAAAGAAAAAUAAUUGCUUUUGCGGUGUGCUAAUAAUGCGUUGAUAAAGGUAGGCUAAUUUGGAUGAAAUUUUUAGGCAAGUACAGGUUUACGCGGGUUCAGAUUAUUGUGUAUAAUUGCUCGUCCACACAUAGGGCUCACAAGAUCCCUUUGGUAGCCUCCCUUUGGCGAUUAUUAGGUGAUUAUUGACUGUUCGUGUCGUAGACUUGAAAGAAUUUUGAAAAAGCAAGACGGAGUGUACAUGAGAAUUUUUUUUUCAGUAGUCAGUCAUAGACCUAUUCGGCUAACUCAAUGUUGUACCCAAUUCAAACCCUUUGGGAAUAAAACGUUUUGUUUCAGCAAUUUCCACAUCAUUUAAAUGUCUUAACCCC